CAUACCCAGAAUGCAAAGUGAGGCACAGAAAUCUCAGCAGCAGCCCCAAGCGUUUCAGGUUAUCAUGGUGAUAAGAGACGCAUCUUACCCCUGAGCCCCCCGCAGCAACAAAGGACUUCUCCCCCGCUUUAUGAGCACACACGCCGGCUCCCAUGCAGAGCGGAGACCGGCCCGACUUCUAGCCCAGAUUGGAGGAAGGACAUAGCGAGUGACCGUCAUGGCAGCGUCGGAGCUGUACACAAAGUGUGCUCGGGUGUGGAUCCCCGAUGCAGAAGAGGUGUGGAAGUCGGCUGAGCUGACCAAGGACUACAAAAAUGGCGAUGCCUCCCUUCAUCUCAUGCUGGAGGAUGGAACGAACAUUGAUCACAAACUUGACCCCAAGACGAAGAACCUGCCUUACCUGCGAAACCCCGACAUCCUGGUGGGCGAGAAUGACCUCACAGCGCUCAGCUACCUCCAUGAGCCAGCCGUGCUGCACAACCUCAAAGUCCGAUUCAUCGACUCAAAACUUAUCUACACUUACUGUGGAAUCGUUCUUGUGGCCAUCAACCCAUAUGAGACGUUGCCCAUCUAUGGAACAGACAUUAUCAACGCCUACAGUGGUCAAAACAUGGGAGACAUGGACCCACAUAUCUUCGCUGUGGCAGAGGAGGCUUACAAACAGAUGGCCAGGGAUGAGAGGAACCAGUCAAUUAUUGUGAGUGGGGAGUCUGGAGCAGGAAAGACGGUAUCAGCCAAAUACGCCAUGAGAUACUUUGCUACAGUCAGUGGCUCAGCCAGCGAGGCCAACGUAGAGGACAAAGUGUUGGCUUCCAACCCCAUAAUGGAGGCCAUUGGAAAUGCAAAGACCACCAGAAAUGACAACAGCAGUCGUUUCGGUAAAUACAUCGAGAUCGGCUUCGACACCCGCUACCGUAUCAUUGGUGCCAACAUGAGAACAUAUCUGCUAGAAAAAUCACGAGUUGUAUUUCAGGCGGACGAGGAGAGGAAUUAUCAUAUCUUCUAUCAGCUCUGUGCAUCAGCCCAUCUGCCCGAGUUCAAGAAUCUGAGGCUGAGCAGCGCAAAUGACUUCCUGUACACCAGGCAGGGCCGCAGCCCCGUCAUUGACGGUGUGGACGACACCAAGGAGCUUUGCACAACUCGCAAUGCCUUCACAUUACUGGGUAUUAAUGAGUCCUAUCAGAUGGGGUUGUUCCAGGUUUUGGCUGCUAUUCUUCAUCUGGGAAAUGUGGAGAUAAAGGACAGAGAUUCGGACAGCAGCCUUAUUCCUCCCAACAACCGUCACCUGACGGCGUUCUGUGAACUGGUGGGCGUGACCUACCAGGAUAUGGCUCAGUGGCUGUGCCACAGAAAGCUGAAGACGGCCACAGAGACGUAUGUCAAGCCCCUCCCUCGUCUACAGGCCACCAACGCCCGUGAUGCCCUGUCCAAACAUAUCUACGCCAAGCUCUUCAACUGGAUUGUAGAGCACGUCAACAAGGCUCUGAUCACCAAUGUUAAACAGCACUCCUUCAUCGGCGUCCUUGACAUCUAUGGGUUUGAGACAUUUGAAAUCAACAGCUUUGAGCAGUUCUGUAUCAACUACGCUAAUGAGAAACUCCAACAGCAGUUCAACAUGCAUGUGUUCAAGCUGGAGCAGGAGGAGUACAUGAAGGAGCAGAUCCCCUGGACUUUAAUUGACUUCUAUGACAAUCAGCCCUGCAUCAACCUCAUAGAGGCCAAGAUGGGCAUCCUGGACCUGCUGGACGAGGAGUGCAAGAUGCCUAAAGGUUCCGAUGAUUCAUGGGCUCAGAAACUGUAUAACACCCACCUAAAGACCUGCUCCCUCUUUGAGAAGCCACGCAUGUCCAACCGCGCCUUCAUCAUCCAACAUUUUGCUGACAAGGUAGAAUACCAGUGUGAUGGUUUCCUGGAGAAGAACAAGGACACGGUAAAUGAAGAACAGAUCAAUGUGAUGAAGGCCAGCAAGUUUGACCUGCUGGUGGAGCUGUUCCAGGAUGAGGAGAAAGCGACCAGCCCCACCGGUCAGGUUCCCGGCACCGGAGGCCGAACCCGCCUCAGCAUCAAACCUGACAAGGGCCGGGACACGAAAAGCAAGGAGCACAAGAAGACAGUCGGCUGCCAGUUUCGAAACUCUUUACAAAUGCUGAUGGAGACUUUGAACGCAACCACCCCACACUACGUCCGCUGCAUCAAACCCAAUGACUUCAAGUUGGCCUUCUCGUUUGAUCCCAAACGUGCAGUGCAGCAGCUCAGAGCCUGUGGUGUCCUGGAAACCAUCCGUAUCUCCGCUGCAGGCUUCCCAUCCAGAUGGACGUACCAGGAGUUCUUCAGCCGUUACAGAGUACUAAUGAAACAGAAGGAUGUGCUUCCAGACAAGAAGUUGACCUGCAGGAAUGUUCUGGAGAAAUUAGUACAGGACCAGGAUAAAUAUCAGUUUGGUAAGACUAAGAUCUUCUUCAGGGCUGGCCAGGUGGCUUACCUGGAGAAACUGAGGGCAGACAAGCUGCGUGCUGCCUGCAUCCGCAUCCAGAAAACCAUCCGCUGCUGGUUGGCACGCAAGAAGUAUCUGCGCAAGCGUUGCGCUGCUAUCACCAUCCAACGAUUCACCAGAGGAUACCAGGCCCGCUGCCUGGCGAAGUUCAUGCGUCGCACUCAAGCAGCCACCAUCAUCCAGAAGUACCAGAGGAUGUAUGUGGAGAAGAGACGCUACAGGCAGAAGCAGGCUGCCGCUCUGGCCAUGCAGACUAUCCUCAGAGCUUACAUGGCCCGGCAGAAAUAUCAGGCGCUACUGCGGGAGGCUAAGGCUGUCAUCAUUCAGAAGCGCAUUCGUGGCUGGUUGGCUCGGUGCUGGUACAAGCGCUGCCUUCACUCCAUCGUCUACCUGCAGUGCUGCAUCCGCAGGAUGAGGGCCAAGCGUGAGUUGAAGAAGCUGAAGAUUGAGGCUCGGUCAGUGGAGCACUUCAAAAAGCUCAACAAAGGCAUGGAGAACAAAAUCAUGCAGUUGCAGAGGAAGAUCGACGAGCAGAGCAAGGAAAACCGCACGAUCAACGACAGGUUAGUUGGCCUGGAGAGUUCGUACACAGCAGAGAGCGAGCGGAUGCGUGGCGAAUUGGGCCGGCUGCGCGGGGUGGAGGAGGAUGCCAAGAACAAAGCCAACCAGGUGUCAUCCCUGCUGGAGGAACUGGAGAGGCUGAAAAAGGAGCUGAGUGCCACCCAGCAGGAGAAGAAGACCAUCGAGGACUGGGCGCAGAAAUACAGGGAUGAAAUGGAAAAAAUGGUCUCAGAGCUGAAGGAUCAGAACGGCUUGCUGAAGAAAGAGAAGGACGACUUGAACAGGUCGAUUCAGGAACAGAGUCAGCAGAUGACAGAGAAAAUGACUCGUGCGAUAGCACAGGAGACUCAGCAGCUGGAGACAGAUCUAAACGAGGAACGCUCUCGCUACCAGAAUCUCCUGACAGAACACCUUCGCCUCGAGGAGAAAUACGACGACCUGAAAGAAGAGAUGGCUCUUUCUUCGAACGUUUCCAAGCCUGGCCACAAGAGAACAGAUUCCACACACAGCAGCAACGAAUCAGAGUACACCUACAACUCAGAGUACGCCGAAUUGGAAGACGGUUCCCGUGCCCGCGAAGAUGUAACACGAGGGAUAGACACUUCUCUGACUCUGAAACUACAGAAACGUCUUACAGAACUAGAACAAGAAAAGCAGUCGCUGCGCAACGAACUAGAAAACAAAGAAGAGCAGUUCCAGCGGGCUAGAGCCAGGGAUGAUGAAGAGUUCAAAAAGGCUCGUGGAGCAGAACUCGAGUAUGAAUCUCUGAAGCGUCAGGAGCUGGAGUCAGAGAACAAGAAGCUGAAACAUGAUCUGGCAGAAAUGAGGCAAAGUCUGCUGGGUAAUGCAGCUACAGGUGCCGGGGCCCCAGGCUCGCCAGCCUACAAGGUCCUCCUAGAUCAGCUUAAUGCCUCCUGUGAGGAGCUGGAGGUCCGCAAGGAGGAGGUGCUGAUCCUGCGUUCCCAGCUGGUCAGCCAGAAGGAGGCCAUGCACCACAAGGAGACCAUGACAGAGCCCUCAGUGUAUGCUGCCGAUGUCUCAAAACUGAAGGAUGCUGAAGUCAAACAAGCUUACGUAGGCCUCAAAGACACCAACAGCUCUCCCAGGUUCAUGCGUCAGCCGCUGGAAGUCAGUGAUCUCCUGAGUAGGCUGAGAUCCGCUGCUCCAGACUUCCAUAAGCUGAAUGAGGACGGAGAGCUGUGGCUGGUUAAUCAGGGCUUAAAGGAGACCAUCAGGUUACUGGAGCAACAGCUGCAGACUCAGCGGAGAACUUACGACAACGAGGUGGAGGCGUUGCGCGGUGAGCUGCAGAACGUGAAGGAGGAGAACAACCGUCAGCAGCAGCUCUUGGCCCAAAACCUCCAGCUGCCUCCAGAGGCCCGAAUCGAAGCCAGUCUGCAACACGAGAUCACUCGACUCACCAACGAGAACUUGGAACUCAUGGCCGAAGACCCCACAGCAUCCCGAGAGGCUCGAGUCAUCAUUUUACGACGGAUGGUUGAUCUAAUGGAGCAGCUGGAGAAGCAGGACAGAACCAUCCGCAAGCUCAAGAAGCAGCUGAAGGUUUACUCCAAGAGGAUUGGAGAGAUGGGAGCCGGUCAAACCGAGGGCCAAACGUCUCCAGGACAGAUGGUAGACGAGCCCAUCCACCCCGUCAACAUUCCCCGCAGGGAGAAAGACUUCCAGGGAAUGCUGGAGUACAAGAAGGAGGAUGAGCUAAAGCUGGUUAAGAAUCUUAUCCUUGAGCUGAAGCCUCGUGGUGUAGCGGUGAAUCUGAUCCCAGGUCUGCCAGCCUACAUCCUGUUUAUGUGUCUGAGACAUGCCGACUACGUAAACGAUGACCAGAAGGUCCGCACUCUGCUAACAUCAACCAUCAACAGCAUUAAAAAGAUCCUAAAGAAACGAGGUGAUGAUUUUGAGACGGUGUCCUUCUGGCUGGCUAACACCUGUCGCUUCCUGCACUGUCUGAAACAGUACAGUGGAGACGAGCAAUUCAUGAAGCACAACACCUCGAGGCAGAAUGAGCACUGUCUGUCCAACUUCGACCUUGCAGAAUACAGACAAGUGAUCAGUGACCUGGCCAUCCAGAUCUACCAGCAGCUGAUCAAAUGCAUGGAGAACAUCCUCCAGCCCAUGAUAGUAUCUGGCAUGUUGGAACAUGAAACCAUCCAGGGUGUGUCGGGGGUGAAGCCCACAGGUCUGCGUAAGAGGACGUCCAGUAUCGCCGAUGAGGGCACCUACACCCUGGACUCCAUCCUGCGGCAGCUCAGCGCCUUCCACUCCACCAUGUGCCAACACGGCACCGACCCCGAGCUCAUCAAGCAGGUGGUGAAGCAGCAGUUCUACAUCAUCGGAGCCGUGACCCUCAACAACCUGCUGCUACGCAAAGACAUGUGCUCCUGGAGCAAAGGCAUGCAGAUCAGGUACAAUGUGAGCCAGCUGGAGGAGUGGCUCAGAGACAAAGGUCUGAUGACUUGUGGAGCCAAAGAGACGCUGGAGCCUCUGAUUCAGGCUGCUCAGCUGCUGCAGGUGAAGAAGAAGACUGACGAGGAUGCAGAGGCCAUCUGCUCCAUGUGCCUGGCCCUCACCACUGCUCAGAUCGUAAAGGUCCUGAACCUUUACACCCCGGUCAAUGAGUUUGAGGAGAGAGUGUCGGUUGCAUUCAUUCGAACUAUACAGACUCGCCUACGAGACCGUUGUGAGAGUCCCCAGUUGUUGAUGGACACGAAGAUGAUAUAUCCGGUCACCUUUCCGUUUAACCCAUCCUCUCUCGCCCUGGAAACCAUCCAGAUCCCCGGCUCGCUCAAUCUGGCAUUCCUCACUCGCGUCUAACCCGAACCCGCUGGACCGAUCUGAGUCCUGCAGUCAUUUUGUCUUGGUGGCCACAGUCGGAAAUGCAAAUCACGUGACCCCCACUGGCCCAAAUUUAAAUGAAAAGUUUUCUGAGGGUCACAUACACUCCAAAAGUAGAUGUUUGUAUUGGCACUAUUUGAACAAUCAUAUCCCAAAAAAAGAAGAAAGAAUUAAAAAUGUUCUCUAGAUUCUCUGGUCUAAAUUUGGACACACGUGCCAAAAUUACACACAUGUUGAAUUUCACAUCUGUACAGUACUUUCAUCCUCCCAGCGUCCACAUGCACGACUACACUCACGUGCACCUUCUCUCUUUCAAAAACGCACAGAGACACACACACAGCAAGCCACAGUUAAAUCUGUCCUUCCAUCGCCAGCGUCCGUCCACUGCUUGUAUAAACGCCUGCUCUUAGAGAAGCCACAGGACCAGAUCAAUGCCUCCAGUACGUGCUCUUCAUCGACGCCCGUCCCCUCCGAUCCCUCCUCUGUGUUUACGUUAAUGGUUAAGGUAGUUGUUGUUGUUCACGUCUCAUUCCCCGGUGAGAAUGUUUGCAUCGAUACCCGAGAGCAGACCCAACAGGAGGCGCCGAGGCCUCGCAGCAAGGAGUAGUUUGAGUCUGCCUUGAUAUGGUGGGUGAGUCCUGGUACUGAGACAGUUGAGUGAGAAUGUGCAAAGAUUAGCUCUCUCUCCACCCUACGUCGAGGUGACAGUUUCAUUUUAUCUCCGAAUACAGUCAAGCCAAGACGAAAAAUCAUCAUCUGUACUAUAUUAUUUAUACAUAAAUAAAUAUAUAUAAAUACCAAUAGUAUAUAUCCUGUAUUUUAUUUAUUGCACUUACCUGCGCCCUCCCUUUUUAAGAUUAGAAGCUUUCUCAUUGCAGAAAUAAGCAUCUCAAGUGAAGGAUGGGGGGGCAGCAUUUCCCAUCAUGAACAGCUCUGUAAAGACAGGUUCAGGUUUAGUUGCAUUGUAGGCUGUUUAUGUCAGUAUCAGGUAAAUUAUGUAGUGUAGUUUAACGAGUGCCGGCACGGAUCAUUUGUUAAGUCUUAAACUUAGAGAUGUCGCUUUGUCAUCUUCAGCCUCCAUUUCUGGCAGAUGAGGUGUAGCGCAGGUUUGAGGAGAGAAAGUACGAGGUUUAAUCCCUGCCGAGGGUUGAACCUGCUCCGAUUUGUACCGUUUACAGCUGUGACCAGAGCCGAACGUCACAGGAAACACCGACACAGAGAGGUUUACUCAUACAUCAACACUGCAAUGCUAAUACAGACACAUAUACACAACAUUACACUUUUGCUUGCUGUUUUUUUUUUUUCUCUCCAAUUGUUUUCUUCGGGUCAUGGCUUUAGUCAGAGCCUUGAAAAAUGUUUUUACUAUUAUCAUUGUGUGAUUAUUUAUUUCAGUAUUGUCAUUAUCUUAUGUAUAUCGUGAAGCCAUGUAUUGUUAAGCAGAAUGAACAGGAGAUGCUUUUGUGAAGUUGGUUUCGCAGAGUCUGCCUCAAGUUUUUUCAGCUUUACUGCAUUUUCCUCUGCGUCUUCGCACAUCAACACUAACGCAGCUCCGUGGGUCGAUUCCUGUCACACCUCCACCUUAUGCCUUCCCGUUUAGUGGCCAAGAAAGCACAACAUGGGCUUUUAUUACCAAAAAAAAUGGAAUAUGUUGCGCUUUUUCCGCUUCUCAAUUGCACCAUUGGGGUUAGGUUGAGGGUUACAAGGUAGUUUUUGUCUUGGUUGUUUCGGUUUAGAUAUCCAGACAUAAUAUUUGGUCCUUUGUUUCAGAGACAGCGUUGUAUAAACCGCAGAGCAUGUGCUGCUGCUGCUGUCCUCAUCUAACCUGCAUGGGCUUGGAUUUACCAGCAUUACCAGUUACAGAAAUUAACCUGCAUGUUUUCUUUUAUUUAAUGAAGAGAAACCACAGUGCAGUUGAGAGUUGCUGGAUGAGUGUCAGGUAUUCUGCCCAUGUUGUGACAAAGAGCUCUUUGUCUGCAUUAGCAUCAUCUUUGCUGCCUCCUGUUUAGCACUUGCUUCCCUUUGUGCCAUUAGUAUUAACAGUCGACCGCAUUUGCCUCUUGCCCUCACGCGAACCUUAUUUUGCCCACUGACCUUACCCUUUCCAAAAGAUAUUUCACUUUGAUGUAGUAUUUUCUCCUUAAAACAUGGAGAUCUGUGGACACAGCACCACAAACCAGGGAAAUAUCAGGUCCAUACUACAUGCACAGAAAGAAUAUUCAUUUAUCAAGGUGAAGCAUCUCAUUAAAUGCCAUUCUGACAUAUUUUAAGUGGAGUAAAGAGAAGUUGUGAAGCUGUUUUGUGUUGCACUUGUCUUUUAAAGUAACCCAUCUCCUCUGAUCGGGACCACAUUUUAUCAGCCGGCCUUUUGUUAUGUUGUUUGGAUGUGUUGGUAGAGGAACGUACGGUUUGUGUGAAGAAAACAUAUCUGCUAGUUGUACCAAGAAAGAAGGAAGGAAUUAAUCAAGCUUAUGAAUGUUUCAAAAUGUUAAUUAAGUGUAUCAUGAUUUUAGCUGCGCAUUGUAGACAAAGCCUUAUCUGAAUUUCUUGCUAUCUGAAUGACUUACACAUUAUCAGCGGUGUGGCAUUGUUCUGUUCUCUUCUGUCCGUGCAGUAUUUUUUUUUCGUUUCCACUGUAAGGUGAAUUAUAAAUUGUUUAAAUGUGAUCAUUUUUAUUUUGAUGUGUCCUUUUGUCCAACAGUUGGUGUCUCUAGAUGGGUUGUACUGUUUAUCUGUCAGCCAGAAUGCACUUUUUCAACUCAGCAGUAGAAAAUCUGAUCAGUAAUGGAUGGUUAUGGACUGUAAAAGGAAAUAUUUCACACUUCGCAGUUUUGUUUUUGAGUUCUAACACUUUUUUUUUUUUUUUACACAAGUGUGGCCCCGUUAAUCUUCCUCUUGCACAUUCCCUGCCUGCUGUUUUAUUAAUGCUAUGACUAGAUACAAGCCACAAGUAUCUGUGAGUUUCACAGACGCAGCUCAGACUCGGUGGACUGUAGUAAGACUGGCCCAGUUUCAGAUGUGAGUAAUACUAGAUUCAUUGGUUCAUUUGUUUUUUGAGCAGAGCUGCUGCAGCAUCUUGUUCUCCUGGGCUUCUCUUGGGCUCUCAAACAGGAGAAAACGCCAUUCCUUCACUCUGCGUUUCUACAUUUAGGAGAGAGUUGGUUGUAUGAUAUGACGUAGACAUUAUAAAUUACCAUUGUUCUUAUGAGCACUAGCAUUAAUUGUGCCGUUUUAAAAAUAGAUAAAAACAGAAGAUGUAUCAUAUCAUCGCCCCCAGCUGUUGUUGGUACUGGUGUGAACAUGCUGAAGCCAGUACCAAACGUUUCCUCUCUAAACCCAUGUGUACAUUUGACAAACUGGACUGUUUGUAGUUUCUGGUAGCUGUGCUUAGUGAAUGUGUUCACCGUUAAGAAACUUGGAAUAAAAUUGUCAAAUCUGUAAAAGUAAAAUUAAAGAAUUCAACACUA